AUGCUAGAGAGUAAUGUAUUGUUUGUAUAUAUUUUUGUAAGUUCUGGCCAGGAUGUACAAGGAACAAGUGUGGUGGCAAACCUUCCAGUUCUGAUGCGACAGAAUCCUGCAGAAACACUUCGUCGAGUUUUACCAAAAAUCAGAGAAGUGCUGCAUGUUGCAGGAGUGGAAAUGCAGUUAACAGCUGCUGUUUCAUUUUUGACUGUUCUGCAAGAGGAGUCAGUGUCCAUUCAUACGUACUCCCACUCUUUUAUACUCAUUAUAUGUACAACAUUAUAUAUAACCCAUUUCUUUCUAUCAGGUGUCAGCAAUGCAUGGCUAGAAACUCUUCUUGCUGUAAUAGAAGCUUUACCAAAAGAGACUGUCAGACAUGAGAUCCUGAAUCCACUUGUUUCCAAAGCACAGCUUUCUCAAACACUUCAGUCCCGCUUAGUUAGUUGUAAAAUCAUGGGAAAAUUAGCUAACAAAUUUGAAGCUCAUAUUAUUAAAAGAGAGAUUCUUCCAUUGGUAAAAUCACUGUGCCAGGAUGUGGAAUAUGAAGUUAGAACUUGCAUGUGUCGGCAGUUGGAACAUAUAGCUCAAGGAAUAGGGACAGAACUAACAAAAACUGUGGUGCUUCCUGAGUUAGUAGAACUGGCAAGAGAUGAGGGUAGCAGUGUACGCCUUGCAGCUUUUGAAACAUUAGUGAAUCUACUCGAUAUGUUUGAUGCAGAUGACAGGAGUCAAACUGUGCUCCCCUUAGUGAAAUCAUUCUGUGAAAAAUCCUUCAAAGCAGAUGAAUCUAUCCUAGUUUCAUUAUCUUUCCAUUUAGGGAAACUAUGUAAUGGAUUAUAUGGCAUUUUCACUCCUGAACAGCACUUACGGUUUUUGGAAUUUUAUAAGAAGCUUUCCACACUGGGUUUACAGCAGGAAAAUGGACACAAUGAUAAUCAACUACAACUUCAAAGUCUGGAACAGGAAAAGAAGUAUAUUUCAGUGAGGAAGAACUGUGCGUACAAUUUUCCAGCCAUGAUUGUUUUUGUGGAUCCAAAGAACUUCCAUUUAGAACUGUAUUCUAUAUUCUUCUGCCUUUGUCAUGACCCUGAAGUUCCUGUCAGAUAUACUAUGGCCAUAAGCUUCUAUGAAGUUGCUAAGCUUUUAAAUUCUGGUGUGUAUACAAUACAUAAAGAACUGGUUACGCUAUUACAGGACGAGUCACUGGAGGUAUUAGAUGCCCUGGUAGGUCACCUUCCUGAAAUCCUUGAACUAAUGACUAAUGGAGGAGAAAACAGUGGAUCCGAAAGCCAGUUAUUGUCUAUUCCUGACUUGAUUCCUGCAUUAACAACAGCAGAACAGAGAGCAGCAACUUCUUUAAAAUGGAGAACUCAUGAGAAGUUACUACAAAAAUAUGCAUGUCUCCCUCAUAUCAUAUCAAGUGAUCAGAUUUAUUACCGUUUUCUUCACAGGAUGUUGACAAUCAUUUUGACAAAUAAUGUCCUGCCAGUCCAAAAAGCAGCUGCUCGAACUCUCUGUGUUUAUUUACGUUAUAAUCGCAAACAAGAACAGAGGCAUGAGGUUAUUCAGAAACUGAUUGAGCAACUGGGCCAAGGAAAAAGUUACUGGAACAGACUUCGUUUUUUAGAUACUUGUGAAUUCAUUAUGGAACUGUUUUCAAAAUCAUUCUUCUGUAAAUACUUCUUUCUACCUGUGCUUGAACUUACACAUGAUCCAGUGGCAAAUGUGAGGAUGAAGCUAUGCUAUUUGUUGCCAAAAGUUAAAUCUACUCUGAAGAUUCCCACUGAUAAACAUUUACUUCAGCAGCUGGAAUUAUGUAUAAGGAAACUUUUGUGUCAAGAGAAAGACAAAGAUGUCCUGACUAUUGUAAAAAGAACAGUGUUAGAAUUGGACAGAAUGGAGAUCUCUGUAGAUGCUUUUCAGAAAAGAUUUUACGAAAAUGAUUUAUUGGAUCAAGAAAAAGAGAGACAAGAACAUCUCCUUUUGGAAAUGGAGCAAUUAGAAAAAGAGAAGCAGCAAAAUGAAGGAAGAACUGCAAAUAUUAAUGAUAAAAUGUUUGAAAAGAAGCGUAGAGACAGUAAAACAUCAUCAGUGUUGGCAAAAAGUGUCACUCUCUCUGUUCCUGGAAGUUCUUCUGGUACAUCAGCAGGCAAAGAAGACAAGAAAUCCAAGUUGGUUCGAAGCCAGUCUUUCAGUACUCAAGCACUACAUCCAAAAUACAGCAACAUAGACAAGUGUCCUAAACAAAAUUCUUUGUCUAAACUGCAAUUCUUUAUUUCAGAUGAUUCAUUCCGGACUCAUUCUGCUGGUAAUAGUGGGAAUGCUGCCUUCCCUUCCAGUUCUUCUCGCAACUUAUUUAACUCAGCUGACCAAAAGAACAAUGGAAAUAAGGAGAGUCAGUCCCGAAAGAUGAGCAUAAAAAACAGAAAAUCAAACUCUUAG